AAGUCCAGGGAGUUUCAACACCCAAAACUCAACAUUUACACAGACCAGACCAGACCAUCUCUCUCUCUCUCUCUCUCUCAAAUUUCCUCUUUUGGAGAGGCAGAGAGGCAUUGCAAUAUCUCUCUCCAAAACCCCAUUAAGAAAUCCAAUUAAUCCUCGCUCUCUCUGAGAUGGGUGGGAAGAAAUUCGCAGUGCUUCUGUGCGCAGAGGACACGGAGUUUGUGAAAAAGACGUACGGGGGAUAUUUUGGGGUGUAUCUGAGAAUGCUGGCGGAGGAGGGGGAGGCUUGGGACUUGUACCGGGUGGCGUGCGGUGAGUUUCCGGAGGAUGAUGAGAUUGAAAGCUACGAUGGGUUUGUGAUAUCCGGAAGCAGCAGGGAUGCCCACGGCACUGAUGCCUGGAUCUGCAGGCUUCUCUCCCUCCUCCAGAAAUUGGAUUCCAUCAGGAAAAAAGUUCUCGGCAUUUGCUUUGGUCAUCAGAUAUUGAGCCGUGCAUUGGGAGGAAAAUCUGGCAGAGCCAUCACAGGCUGGGAUAUCGGAAUCCGAACCAUCCACGUGUCAUCAUCUUCCAAGGCCUUAUCCACUCUCAAAAUUCCAGCUCUUCUCUCCAUAUAUGAAAUCCAUCGAGAUGAGGUGUGGGAACUGCCGCCUAAGGCUGAGUUAAUUGCCUGGUCGGAUAAGACUGGUGUGGAGAUGUUUAAGUAUGGAGAUCACAUGAUGGGAAUCCAAGGACACCCCGAGUACACCAAAGACAUUCUUCUCAAUCUUAUCGAUCACCUUGCCAAACUCGAAUACAUCUUGGACUCGGAAACUGAAGAAUUGAAGGCCAAGGUGGAGGCAUGUGAGCCAGACAGAGAGGCAUGGAAGAGGGUUUGCAGAAGCUUUCUCAAGGGUGAAUUAUGAUGAUAAAUGACUAAUUUAUGAGAAAGAAA